AUGUCUUCCUUUACAAUUGGCGAGUACCUCGCUGAGAGGCUUGCGGAUAUAGGCAUUCGCCGCCAUUUCAUCGUCCCUGGAGACUACAAUUUGGUUCUUCUUGACAAGCUCGACUCGCACCCGUCUCUAUCCGAGGUUGGCUGCACAAACGAACUCAACUGUUCCCUAGCCGCUGAGGGAUACGCCCGUGCCAAUGGGGUGGGUGCUUGCGUCGUCACUUACAGCGUCGGUGCCUUCGCAGCCUUCAACGGUGUUGGAAGUGCCUAUGCCGAGAACCUCCCAGUCAUCAUGAUCAGCGGAGCGCCCAACUCAAAUGAUGCAGGCCACCAUUUGCUACAUCACACGCUGGGCGAACGCAGCUUCACCUACCAGCUAGAGAUGGCCAAGAAGAUCACCUGCUGUGCUGUGGCCGUCAACAGGGCAGACAAAGCGCCAGAGCUCAUUGACCGUGCCAUCCGGACAGCUCUGCUGGAGGCCAAGCCGGCCUAUAUAGAGAUUCCAACCAAUCUCGCUGGCGAGACAUGUCCAAGGCCUGGGCCCAUCAGCGCCGUCAUUGAACGAACACCCAGUGACUCGACCUCCCUAGCCUUGUCUGUGGCCAAAGCAGCUGAAUUCUUGGCAACCGCAAAGAAACCCGUCAUCCUUGUUGGGCCCAAGGUGCGAGGAAAGGUCGCGAAGACGGCCCUGGUGAAACUGGCCGAGGCCAUUGGAUGUGCCGUUGUCCCCCAGCCAGCAGCCAAGGGCUGUUUCCCCGAGGACCACGCCCAGUUUGCGGGUAUUUUCUGGGGACAAGUCAGUACGCUGGCAGCUGACACCAUUGUCAACUGGGCAGACGUCCUGAUCUGCAUCGGUACCGUCUUCACCGACUAUAGUACCGUCGGCUGGACGGCUAUGCCCAGUGUGGACAAGCUGGUGGUAGACACAAACAGCGUCAUGGUGCCUGGUCCACCGACCUUCUACAGCCAAGUGUGGCUGCACGACUUCCUUGCCAGACUGUCAGAAACGGUGCCCUGGAAUGCCACGACCAUGGUUGAGUAUAAUCGACUGCGUCUCGAUCCACCUUACACGAGAGCAUCCCGUGGACUUGAUCAACUGACCCGGAAAGAGAUUGUUCGUCGUUCACAAAAGCUUGUGACCCCAGAGACCACAGUGUUUGUCGACACGGGGGACUCAUGGUUCAACGGAAUCAGUUUGCACCUACCGCACGGUGCUGGAUUCGAGAUUGAGAUGCAAUGGGGGCAUAUUGGAUGGACCAUACCUGCAGCUUUCGGCUAUGCACUGGCCAAGCCCAAGAGGCGAGUGGUCGUCAUGGUUGGGGAUGGUGCAUUCCAAAUGACAGCCCAGGAGGUUUCCCAAAUGGUCCGAUGGCGGGUUCCCAUCAUCAUCCUCUUGAUGAACAACAAGGGCUACACCAUCGAGGUGGAGAUCCAUGAUGGCUUGUACAACCGCAUCCAGAACUGGAAGUAUGCUUCUCUUGUCCAGGCAUUCAACAGCGAGGAAGGCGGAGGCCGUGCUCUGAGCUUCGAGGUAUCUACAGUUUAUCAUUUCACCGAGGCGCUGGACAAGGCAAUGGUCCAUGUGGACGGUCCUACACUGAUCGAGUGCAAGAUCGAUCCAGAUGACUGUAGCAGAGACCUGAUUACUUGGGGGCAUUUCGUUGCGGCGGCCAAUGCCCGUGCUCCCGUCAAGGAUUAG